AAAAUAACAAUAUCGCUUCUUCAUCACGGACACUGGAGGAUCAGAACUAUUAUGAAAUGCAAAAAACGAGCGACUAUAACGGACUAUUAGGCGAUAACAUCGAUACUAUAACCAAUAGCAUGGAUAAUUGUUUUUUAUGUAAAAGUGAUAUUAUGGAUUUGAGACCCACAUCACGACUGACAAAGGUUAUUCCCGAAAUAACGUGGGAGAAAUUUAUCUUGGACACAUAUCCUAAUCAUAAAAUAUCAGAAAAUUGGGAGGAAUCAAUACGAGAUUUUUUCAAGCCAAAAGACACUCUAGCCGAAUGGGAGAAAGCCUGGCGUAAACUUUUUGACGAAAAAGAAAGUAACGAAGAUUUGGUGAUAAAAGAUAUAUUAUACAAUAUACUCUCCCCAUAUAUUGAAGCUUUUAAAGCACCGUUUAACAUACUAAAGUCUG